AUGUUAAUCCUCAGUCUCCAUAUCAUUACUGCGGCAGCAGUAUUAUACACAUCCCUAGCUUCUGCCCAAGAUCUGGAAGAGAAAGUGUGGGCAAUCGUUGCCUACAACCUUUAUGGAGAUAGUAUCCCAUCAGCCCUACCUCGUCCCAAAGCCUUAACUCCAUAUGGGGCGGAUGACUUGUAUGCGGCAGGAUCCGUUUUUCGAGACCGCUAUGUUGCGAUACCUGACAACAAUAACACUUCAAAUACAAGAAUUCAAAACCUAUCACCGUAUUUAAUAGAUACCGAAGAGGUGGAUGUGUUUUCAACCACUGAUCCGUCAGUUGUUGCGUCUGCUCAGGCUUUCAUGCAAGGUCUUUACCCACCACUCGAGGAAACUCUCAACGCAACAUUUUCCGAUUCCCCUUUCCAACUUGCCAAUGGCUCUAUAGCCACUGCUCCCUUUGGGGGAUAUCAAUAUCCCCAGAUUAUCACGCUUGGUGCGACGGACCCUCGAUCAAUCAAGUUGGACGGAGAUACAGGUUGCCUGCUGCACCAAGUUGCCGAUACCGAGUACAAAUACAGUCCUGAGGCUCAAGAGAUCACGCAGGAUUCAGCAGCAUUCUAUAGCAAGAUUUAUCCAUCAUCCCUGUCUGGAGUACUGGAUCCUUCUUCGGCUAAUUAUGCGAAUGCCGUUAUGAUCUCAGAAUACUUGGACUACGAGUCUGUGCACAAUGAAUCAUUAUUGCAUAACAUGAACCAGGAUGAUAUAGACCGUGCUCGUUCUCUUGCGGACCGCUACGUUUUCGCAACGAAUGGCAAUAUGACCUCAACAGGGACUAAUGCCAGUGACCGUAUUCGCACUGUUGCUGGGCGCACCUUAGCCUCAAGUAUUUUGGAUGCCUUUAACAACAAUAUCGACUAUCGAGGUACCAACGGAAAAAUAACAUUACUGUUUGGUAAUGAUGAGCCUGCUGUCGCUCUUUCAUCCCUUAUGCAACUGGCGUCACCAAAAUAUGAGAAUUUCUACGGACGUCCCACGCCCGGUGCAUCGAUGGUAUUUGAACUUUACAGUUUGGAGAAUAACUCCAGUCCAGCGUACCCCGAUCCGUCUCAACUUUACAUCCGAUUUCUCCUGCGAAACGGAACUCAUUCGCCUGACUUCCGGUCCUACCCACUCUUUGGACAUGGACCUAGCAAUAUAGCUAUUCCUUAUACAGAAUUUCAAGAAGAAAUGGAGGGGGUUUCGCUAGGAUCGACGAAAGAAUGGUGUCUUCUUUGCAAUUCACAAGCUACGUUCUGCUCUGAUGUCUUCGAUGGGCAUCAGAGCCGGCCUACUAGUGAUAAGGCCCUGAGUCCUGCAGUUGGUGGUGUCAUUGGGGCUGUGGUUACACUUGUAGUGAUUGCCGUCAUCUCAAUUUUCGGAUUUCUGGUAUGUGGUUUCCGCAUGAAUCGUACUCGGCAGUCAAGCCUCGGAGGUUUCAAGGGAAACAGCAAAAUGGCAAGUGACUCCGAUGUCACGUUCAAAAACCCUACAUGGGAGGAUGUCAAACCGACAGAUAUGCAAGAGACUCCUAGUAAUGGUGCCGGUAUAACUGUCGUCAGGGGACAUGAGCGCACAGGCAGCUGGGAAAUGAGAAGUCAACGACAGAGGAAUAAUAACAAUCACGCCGGGGGUGAGCAAGCCGUAUCUCCCUUCAAUGAACCAGAGGAGGAUGAGUGGCAAAUCCACAGUGCUAUACAACCAGUCACAGCCCGUGAAAGUGUGUAG